AGAGGGCGCGGCGAGCGGCUAGCGUUCGGGGCCGGGUGGUUGCCAAGGCCGGGUACAAGUCUGUCGGAGGGUCCCGGGGCGAGGGAGCGCGGAGGCCACGCGCGCCAUGAACCCGAAGGCGGCGGGUGAGGAAGAGGACUGCGUGGACUCUGGAGCCGAGACCGGAGGGUCCGACUACAGCCAUCUGUCCUCCACCAGCAGUGAGCUUUCUGUGGAGGAGGCCCAGGACCCUUUCCUGGUGAGCAUCCACAUCAUCGCAGACCCAGGGGAGUCACAGCCACUGCAGGAGGCCAUCGACAAGGUUUUGGCAUGGGUUCACCCUGAUCUCCCACUGUUCCGAGUGUCUGAGCGGCGCACAAGCAGGCGAAGACGGAAGUCUCCCAAGGGUGCACAGCCAGCGCUGGCGGUGGUGCUGUUCCUGCAGGAGGAGUACGGAGAGGAGCAGAUCCUACAGGUGCACAGGGUGCUGCAGCGGCCGCCCUGGCGCCACCAUCACACAGAACGAGUGCACGGCCGCUUCAUACCCUACCUGCCUUGCAGUCAGGACUUCUUUACUCUGGCUCCCGGGACCCCGCUGUGGGCAAUCAGGCCAGUGCACUACGGUAAGGAAAUCGUGCGCUUCACCAUCUACUGUCGCCAUAACAGCUACGCUGACAGCCUCCGCUUCUAUGAGCUGAUCUUGCGGCGGAGCCCCAGCCAACGGAAAGCAGACUUCUGCAUCUUCCCCAUCUUCUCCAAUCUGGAUGUGGACAUCCAGUUCUCCCUGAAAAGACUACCCUGCGACCAGAAGCCAGUGCCCACCGACUCCUCGGUGCUGGAGUUCCGAGUGAAGGACAUCGGGCAACUGGUACCCCUCCUUCCCAACCCCUGCAGCCCCAUCAGUGAGGGGCGCUGGCAGACUGAGGACCAUGAUGGCAACAAGAUCCUUCUGCAGGCUCAGAAGGCACACAAAAAGGGACCCAAGUGCAGAAGAGCGCAUCACUCCUCUGAGAAGAAGCCUCAUUCCGCUCCUCCUGCAGCCAUCGACACACCAAACACAGGACAGGGCAGCAGCCAGACAGCCCUACGUGACAGCCCAUCCAAACAGAUGGCCCCACUCCCUGGGAACAAACAGGAGUAUAGCCCACAGUUGAACACCUCAAGUCCUGCCUGGUCUUUCCAGAGAAGCAAGUCUUUGUUUUGUUUGCCCAGUGGAGGCACCUCCACGACUGAACCACAGCCACUACUAACUGGUUCCCAGAGACACAGCGCAUCAGAGUGGAAGCCCAGCCGCCUCGUGUCCAUUGAUGACUUAGAGGGGGCCCAAGAGACAGAUGUGGACACGGGCCUGCGGCUGUCCUCCUCAGACCUGUCUGUGGUCUCUGCAUAUUCCGCCCCCAGUAGGUUUUGCAACACAGUAGAGGCAUCCCUCUCCUCUGAGGGAUGUAGCAGCCGCUGGCCAGCACACAAGAGUCCUGAGAAAGGACCACUGGCUGCUGCCAGUGAGGUGAGCCCAGAUACGGCCUGUGUUUCUCACCCUCUCUUCACCAAAGGGUCUCCUAGCCCUGCAGAGAUAACUACUCCUGGCCUCUCAGCUUCUGGUGCCUCCUUGCUCACAGAGUCAUCCACACCCCCACCGUGUCAUGACCCCAAAGCCACACAGGGUGUCCAAGACAUAGUACUGCCUCCAACAACAGUUGGUCCCGAGGCUGAUGACAUGGAGGAGUUCUACAUCUGAGAGCGCCUUGGCUUUCAGACAGACUUAGUCACAGGAACCACUGUGCCCGGCUGGCUCUUUGUUCACAGGGUGCUCUCGGUCCCAUUCGCCAGCUCUGAGAGAACUUAAUUCUCUGUCUAGGGAGACUGUUAGCAUGCUGACCAUGCCACCUAUCCUUAGCUGGCAGGUGCCAUAUUUCUAGAAGUUCAGAAAAAAAAAAGGAAGAAGAAGAAACACAUUUGUAUGGAAAUAAAUUUUCGACACACUUAAAUCAUAAAAUCUAUUUUUGAAUGUUCAAAAAUACAAUUUAAUGCUUCCUAUAAUUAUUUGAAAUGAAAAAGAAAGCAUAGCCAGAGAUGACUGACGAUUUUUCAUACUCCAAAAGUAAAAUAACUAAGGCCAAAAUGUUGACCGGGAAAGGACACAGUGACUGGUCCAGGGUCAGUGUGCAGCACAGAAUACCUUCCUGGUGCCCAGGCACACAGGGACCCAGGACCUGAAAACCCACAAGUACUGCUUCCAGUGGAUGGUUCAUAGCACAGCCACCAGCCCACAGCAGACAGCAGAACGCCUUGCUUUGAAGCCACUGAGCACUUGAAAGUCUGGGCCUACACACAACUGGCUAACAAGCCUUAUAAAGACUUAGCAUGGUCAUCAAUGCCUUGCACACUUAUAAAAUAACCUGAGUCAGGAAAACUAGUUUUGCACACUCUUCCUCAGGCAGCUCAUGGUGGUCAGCAAGCCUGCAGACUGUCCCCCCUGGACCGAUGUGUGUAAGAGGACUCGAUGCCUGCAGUUACAAAGAGCAGGUUAUGACGUGCACUGGGGAAACAGGUGUGAGAUUCUCUGACUUUAAAAAGCACACACUUUAAAAGGGCUACAUACUUCUCUCCAUAAAUGACCAGAGCCAUCUUUUGUAUUUUGUAGCACUGUCUAAACAGUUAAAAUGUUUGGAACGUUUUUGGCUGUCCUUUUGAUUGUACCUGUGAGCCAGUGCCCCGUGCCCCAAAGUAGGAAAGUGUGCGGUGCCGCCCCACAGGGCCAGCCUCCAGUGAGCGCACUGAAGCCUUAGGGAGAGCGGGCACUGCAGCCACACCAGCGUUCCCCAUCUGUUGUCCGUUGCUGCCACCAUGUGAAUGGUGACUAGACCAUCCAGUAAGGCUAUGUUUACAACCCCAACCUCACCAAAUGCCAACUUCUGGCAUCAGGAGCAAUGCCAAAUUAUCCCCAGAUUCUGUUUAUCCUUGGGACAGAAAAGCAUGGGUGUGUACUGUUCCCUGCCCAGUAUGGUGCUUCCUGCCUCCCCGCUGGAAGGGCCCACAGCAGCUCAGAUGCAACUUCACAACCUUUCCAGCAGGGCCUUCUGGCUCGCUUCCCCAUCACCGUCCAUCAGCCUCGGGUUCACCAUCCUCACAAGGAAAACCCGGGGCUCUGACCUGCCUCAAACACUUUGGACUUCCCAGGACUCUGAGUUCUGCUCCAGUGGAAAUCAAUAAAACAUGAUCUCGUCUAAUUCUGGAUCGGGAUUAAGCCAACUUCUGAAAAGGGCUAAAUACUGAAUAUUUUAAAGUUUGUCAAACCAUGGUUUAAACUUUACCCAACUGUGUUGCUAUCACUUCUAUUGCAGCAUGAAAAAUAAAACCUGUGUGAACGGGAA